CUCAACAGGCCGAUGCAUCAUGGUUGGACCUUCUGGUUCCUCUCAGAGCAGCUAUUCAGGCAGUCAGGGUGGAGUAGUCUACACAAUAAGCAAGAGUGGAUGUGGCCCUGGAGGUGCUGCUGGUACCUAUGGUAUACAUGCCUGCAGAGAUAGUGCAUCCUUAUCCAGCAGUGGUAUUACUUAUGGCCAGUCUGUCCCUUCAAGCAGUUCAGAUUCCAGUAAGAAGGUUGUGGUCGUUGCCAACAGCAACCCUUUCCCACCUGUGCGUCACACCUUCCCUCAGAGUUUGGGAAGCUCUGCUACAAGGAUCAUAGUACAGAGUGGACAAAAACAGCAAACCAGCAGCAGUACUUAUAUUCAUGGCUCCCAAGGCAGCCAGUCCUAUGGCCAGGGCUACAGACCCCAAGGUGGCAGUUCCUAUGGCCAGGGUGGACCAAGUUUCUCAGGCAGCAGCAGCAGCUCCUAUGGCCAGGGUUUUCAGCCUCAAGGUGGCAGCUCCUAUGGACAGGGGUACCAGCCUCAAGGUGGCAGUUCCUAUGGCCAGGGUGGACCAAGUUUCUCAGGCAGCAGCAGCAGCUCCUAUGGCCAGGGUUAUCAAGGCAGCCAGUCCUAUGGCCAGGGUUCUCAGUCUCAAGGUGGCAGCUCCUAUGGACAGGGUUCCUCCUAUGAUAGCAACCCCUGCCACCAGGGUGGAUCACAAAGUGGAUCACAGGGUGGUCAGGGUGAUUCGUACUAUGGUGGUAGCCAACAGAGUGGAUCAUCAUCCUCCCAAAAUUAUGGUGACAACCAGGGUGGAUCAUCGUCAGACACCUAUUAUGAUAAUCAAGAGUCACAAGAUUCCUCAUAUGAUAGCAAUCCCAACGCCUGUGAUGAUAAUGACACUACCUAUAGUGCCAAUAAUCAGCGUUCUGGUUGUGCAAAGAAGAAAGUUGUUGUUGCCCGAGACACAUCACAUGUUCUAAGCAGAAGAGACUAUGAUGUACAGAAUGCCUCUUCUCCUUCAAACAGCAGCCACUCUGACAUGCAGGGCGGAUCAUUUAUUGCAACCAGUGGAUCAAGUAAUCAGGGUGGUUGCAUUUGUCCUGAUGGAAGCAGUGGUCAUAGACCGGGAGCCCCAGGUUCUUCAUACAACACAUAUUCUGGUAACCAGGGAGGGCCUUACUACUACCCUGGAGGAUCCUAUGGACAGGGUGGCCCAGGUUCUUCCUACGGUUCUUACUCUGGUAACCAGGGAGGGCCUUCCUACUAUGGACCUGGUGGAUCUUACGGAGAGGGAGCCCCAGGUUCUUCAUACAACACAUAUUCUGGUAACCAGGGAGGGCCUUACUACUACCCUGGAGGAUCCUAUGGACAGGGUGGCCCAGGUUCUUCCUACGGUUCUUACUCUGGUAACCAGGGAGGGCCUUCCUACUAUGGACCUGGUGGGUCUUACGGACAGGGAGGGUCUUCUUAUGAUGGCAACAGUGAAUCAUAUGGUCAGGGUGGAUCUUCUGUAUAUAGUGGUUCUGAGGCUUACGGCCAGGAUUCACCUGCCAUGGGAGCCAGUGAAACUGAAGAUAGUGAUUCCUCCUCAGCGUCUGGUGGCCGCCAGAGUGAACGGGAUUUUUAUUCCCCAGGAGGCAACCAGUCAGGUGGACAUGGGUCAUCUUCUCAAAGUGGCAGCUACUCCAGUGGACAGGACUCAUACUCAUCUGGAAGCAGCCAGUAUGGUGGGCAGGGUUCAUCCUCCUCAGGAGGCAGCCAGUCUGGUGGACAGGGUGGAUGUGAUUGUUCUGGGACAAAUUCUGGUGGAUCCCCUACUUUAGUCAGAAGUGAUUCCUCUGCAAAUGGCACAUCUUCUUCUGCAGGCAGCCACUACAAUAGCCAGGAUUCAUAUUCCUCUGGAGCUAACCAGUAUGGAGGACAUGAGUCAUCUUCUUAUGGAGGCAGCCAGUAUGGUGGACAAGGUUCACGUUCCCCAGGAGGCAGCCAAUAUGGUGGACAGGGUUCACCUUCUUCAGGAGGCAGCCAGUAUGGAGGACAGGGUCCAUCUUUCUCAGGUGGCAGACCUUAUGGAGGACAGGGUAUAGCUUCUUCAGGAAGCAGCCAGUAUAGUGGACAGGGAUCUUACCCCUCAAGAGGCAGCCAGUAUGGUGGGCAGGGCUCAUAUCCUUCUGGAGGCAAACAACAUGGUAAACCAGGUUCCUCUUCAUCAGGAGGCAGUCAGCAAGGAAAGCCAGGUGGCUCUGGCUCAGGAAGCACUUACUCUGGGAAACCGCAAUCACCUUACUCAGGCGGCAGUCAAGUGAGCUCUGCUGGGAAACACUCAACUCCCCAACUCCUGAUGUUAUUCAGUGUUUUGAGUGCCUUUGCUCUCUCUGCUGCUGCAUCAAAAUGGUCUAUAUGAACUUCUAUGGUGUUACUUGACAUCCUAAACACUGAUUAUAAUCUGUAUUAUUAAUUACUUAAUGUAUAAAAAAAUACCAUUAAGUCAAAUUGGCAGAUGCUACUUGGCUGUUAUGUUGCAUGUCUAGCUGGUAUGUCAUGUCCCUCAUUAGUUUGCCUCUGGUUUUAGUCAUUAGUAGUUCUCAUUAGUUGUGUCAGUGUUUUAGGCAUCAUUUUAAGAGAGCAUAUGGUACCCUACCUAUAGGAUAUGUUUUUAUUUCCAAUAGGGAAUGCUAUGAACACCUACAUGAAAUGAUUGGUGUGACAAAUGAAUACUUAGGGAAAUAUUUGUUUAUUAGCCAAAGUGGACAAGGUGAAAUAAAUUGUUGUAUAUGCAAACUGAGCACUGUGCCUGUUAAUCAUGGCAUAAGGUAAGGCUAAUGUAUACUUCUUAAGCAGUUCUCCAUGGGACAGAAGAAAAGAUACUGAAGUAGUAUCAGAUUAUUGGUUUUAGUAUUUUGUAAUCAAAUGCAAAUUCAAUAUGGAGAUUGCAAAGCAAAAAAAAAAAAAACUUCACAGGACUGAUUUUUUUUUUGUUAAUAAAAGUUUAUUCAUUAGAAAAAUGAAACAGAUCAAAGACAUCAUGUACUCCAUUCAAACCAACUGCACAUACCUAGAGUUCUGUAAAGAAGCAUAUGAGGCAUAUGUACUCCAGAUCAGGCUGAUGAACUAAAAUCUGCGGAAAAAUAAAGCCUUUUUCUUUGAAGGAGUAGAGAACUAAUUAAAUUCAUAAAACUAAUACCAUCUUGGCUCCCUUUCUCAAGUAUUUAGUUUAACCUGUGAUGCCUUAUGUAUCUGAAAGGUUAAUUUCGUGAGUGCAUCUACAAACAGGUCCAUCACUGUGCUUGCUGAAACACCAGGGCCCGUUUUUGAGUUCAGCAGCAGUUCCUCACCUUGCAGCAAACUCUUCUGGAGCUCUCAGAGCCACCUUCUGUUUGGUGUUAACGAAGCGCAUUCACCUAAAGCAUACUUCUAACGAAUGUGCUAUCUAUUGAACAUGUGCCUGCUAUUAAAAUGUCCAUUGUUAGUAGUGUGCUUUUCUGUCACGGUUUACAAUUGUAAUUGGUGGAAAGAGGUUUCGAUCCAAGUUCUCCUACCAGCUUCCGCGGGGCCAGGAUUUCACCCUGUUUGAUGUGCAGCACUAACCUUUGCCAGCCAUCGGUAAAUCAACCUGCAAUUGACGCACAAAGUUAUGCCUGUUUACAAUCUUGAAAAUUCGGUGGACAAUUUGUUUCUUGGACAACACAGUAAUGUUCUGUUUGAGAGGCCCGUACCUUAAUUCGAACCAGCCCUACCAUUCUCUAAUAAAUUUGUGAUGGGUUUCAUACAAAA